CGCUCUUGGGCGGAGUUAGCGUGAUCGUUUUCCUAUGGGUGGAAGUGGGAUAUUUAUUCACCUGUAGGUGUUCUUAGCAAUGUGGGCAUGGUGGGAGCUUCACUGCUUAUAUGGGUUGCCUGUGGGUUGAUUGCUACAUGUGGUUCACUGACGUAUGCUGAACUCGGUACGAUGAUCCCGCAGUCAGGAGCCGAGUAUCCGUAUUUAAAAGAAGCUUUUGGUCCGAUACCAGCCUUUCUAUUCGCAUGGACCUCGUCUAUAGUUCUUAAGCCAUCGGCGGUGGCCAUUAUAGGUUUAGUCUUCGGGGAAUACUUGAUCCGACCUUUCUUUGAAAAUUGUCAGGAUGUUCCAUCUGAUGCCGUCAAGUUAGCAGCCGCCACCUGUAUUGCUUUCGUUACUUGCAUAAACUGCAUCAGCGUGAAAGUUGCUGAACGAAUUCAAAUCUGUUUUACUAUUGCCAAACUAACUGCCUUGUUGGUGAUUAUUGGAGCUGGAUUUUACGCCUUAUCUGCAGGGAUGACCGAAAAUCUGAACAACAGUUUCACUGGCGAAGUAAAAUGGUCUACAGUUGGUACGUCAUUCUACCAGGGGUUCUGGGCUUAUGACGGAUGGAAUCAACUUAAUUAUAUUACAGAGGAAUUAAAGAAUCCUUCAGUGAACCUCCCCCGAGCUAUUAUGAUCGGGAUACCCCUUGUUAUGCUGGUGUAUGUCAUGACGAACAUCGCAUAUCUGGCUGGGCUUACGAUGACCGAGAUGAUGGCAUCACGUGCCGUCGCCGUGACUUUCGGUGUCAAACUGCUGGGAAGCAUGGCAUGGAUUAUUCCGCUAGGUGUCGCUAUAUCCACAUUUGGCAGCAUAAACGGGUACAUUAUAACUGGACCAAGAAUAAUCUACACGGCCGCAAGAAACGGUCACAUGCCCGAAGUUCUAGCGAUGGUUCACACGAAGAGACUUACACCGGUGCCUGCUGUCUUGUUUAACACCGCCAUUGCACUUGCCGUUCUCAUUCCAAAUGACUUCGACUCUCUUGUGAAUUAUUUCUCGUUUAGUAUGUGGAUGUUUCACGGUGGUUCCGCACUUGCUUUACUUGUACUGAGGUGGAAACAACCGGAGCGAAAGCGACCUUAUAAAGUCCCCAUCUUUAUCCCUGUGAUCGUUGUACUUGUUGCAUUGUACCUUAUCAUCUACCCUAUUGUUUCUCAGCCAGCUUGGGAAUAUCUAUACGCAACUUUAUUUAUUGCCAGUGGAAUUUUAUUUUACGUUCCUUUCAUACAUUAUGGAAUCAACGCUACGUGUUUCAGGCCAGCCACCGUGUUUCUACAGAAGUUGCUACAAGUUAUUCAACCUGGAAAUUACCCGAAAAACGCCUGAAGGAUUCAGCUCGUACUUUCAUAUAGACUUACCGCCAGACGGCGUAAGAGCGCCCAAGUUCGCACUUCGCCUUCUCUCUAUUUUCUUAUUUGUGUUUUCACUAAAUGAACCUUUCAUUUACUCUUAACAUUGCAAUACUGAACCGAUAUCAAGUAUUUAUUACGUUAAGCUGGUACUCGUACACUUCCGUUUUAGGAAAUUGAUGCUCUAUUUUAAAUUAACCUAAAACUCUUAACACUAUUACAUUAACUUAAACUGUUAUUACUUUAUUCCUAAUCUUUCGUUUCUCUUCAACCUACCUUUCUGUCUUGGUGGUACUGAGUAACUGAGCAAGAUAAUAAUAAAACGUCUUGACUGCA